GUGUUUGGAGUGGUUUGCGGGGAAUUGGUAAUCACAGAACGAGAAGCUUAGUACCGCCAUGCAGUGUAUUUAAAAUAUUAAGAUAGUGGUUACAUAAUAAGCCAAGGAGUCUGUUUCUUAUAUCUAAACUGUUUCUUGGGAAUGUAGGACAAGUAAAGAAGUAUAUUAAUAGUUUAAGAUGCCAAUUCACGGAGUUGGAUGAUAAAAUCUCUGCUUGAGUGAAAACCACAGCGUUUAAGGAUUAUUUCUGCCUAAACCCUAGUGUACCAUGAAAAACUAAGGCAAGACAGUCUGCCUACCAAAUGAUGGGUGAUGUGGGAGGGGCCGUUGGUCCUGUUUGAAAAAGGUGGCACGUUGGAUUUAAAAAAAUGAAUGUUGGACCUGUGUAUAUUAUGUGACCUGACCAGGUUCUUAAAAAUACUUGAAAAAAAAAAUUUGAAGUGGGUUUUAUCUAGUACUGAAUUGGUCUACAAUACAUGGUAGGGGAGUUGUUAUAGUAUUCCAUUGGGAGGUGACUUACACCUCGGAGUUUUUAAAACAUCAUUGUUUUGAAAAAAAAAAAAAAAACAAAAAACAACCCGCCAUGUUGCCACUCGUGCCAGGCUGCAGAUGGCCCAUCAAGGUGGUUUGUCAGGUCCUUCAGUAGGGAGAUGCAUACAUAUGCUUUCUUUUUCAGAAUGGUUUUGAUUUAAGAAGUGGUUGUUGAAUUCCUCCUGCUGCAUAAGACACAGGGAGAGAUAUGUGAGAUCAGUAAAGAAUUCUGCUCUUGCAGAGUUGAUUGCUAGGAGGGAUAGCUUCACUAAAAGGCAACUCCAGACUAAAGCAGAUUUUUCCAGGCUAAAUAUGUGGAGCCAAUAAUAAGUGGGCAAACAUAAAAAGAUGUAAGAGAUUGUCAUAGAUCAUGUAAAGUCCUGACUUUGAGACUAAAAAUAGAGGAUUAUAUGCAAGGUAGAAUUGAUGGAACUUGGUGAGUAAUUGGUUUUUUGGGAAAAGAGGGUAGAGGGGGAGUAAAAAAUUAGUUUUCAACCUAAGUUGCAGAGUGAUGAAUGUCUCAUCAAGGUAAAAAUAUUUAUUAGUUCUUUAGGAAUACAUUCUUUUUAUGUUUUCUAAGUAACUCCCACAACUCCACUUGUAUUCCCUGCACAAAUUUGAUGUUAAGUAUGGUUUGAAGGUUGUGAACCAUCGUUUGCAACAAACUAUUUGUACACAUUUGAGGCAGGCUAUUGGCUAGGUCAGGACAGAUGCCCUUGUCAUACGGUGUCAGAGACCUUUGGGGGGAGCUGUCUAUGACUUACUAUUUCUGGCCUCUUCUGUGUGUGGCCACCACAUCCAUUGGAGAGUGUAUAGGUGAGGCAGGGAAAGGAGCCAUAAACAUUUCCCUUUCACUGCCUCAUAGGUGUUUACAUUUGAUUUUUGUAGAGGAAGAACAUUUAUAUAAGGCUUCACUAAUGUCCGUUUGGCUUUAUGGAUGGAAGGCCAAGUGAAAUAUAGGGGAAUAUUUCAGAGGCAGAAUGCACUUGGAGGGCCCUAGAAAAACUCAUCAGUAGUUUUCCAUUGAAUGUUAGGAAACACAUUGACUUUCAUGACAUCCCCAGGAACUGUGUCCUUCAGCCCCAUUAUUGCCUGAGGCCUUUGGUGGCAUAUGCAACCCCCCUAAAUAACUAUUAGAACACCCAGGAAAAUGGAGUCAGGUUGAAUUAGUCCAGUCCAGUUUCUUUUUUAGGAUGAGUCCCAUGAUGGGAUAACUCAAGACUAUCACAACCUAAAAAUAUUUCUCUGUAAGGACCUCAGGCAACACCAGAGCAAACCCAAACCAAGACUUGGGUGCAAAUUAACUACCUUCCUAAGUGCAGUAAUGAGACCUCGAUUGGCUUGUGACAGCUGACCUCUGAUUGCCCAGCAGGGGGUUUGUAGCUCUGAUUUCUGGAGACUAAUAGGAUCUCUUCCCAGACUUUUAAAACUGCUCCUGUCCUUAGAUUGACUGUUUGACCUUAGUCGGGAUUUCUUUACCUAGAUCUGUAGAUGGAUGCUUACAGAUCUGCAAACCAUCCGAAAUUGUGUACAAAAUAUUGUGUCUGUGUAUGCAUUUUCUGCAGAUAAGGUCCAAGACUUACGUGAUCUUAGAAGGAUCUGAGACUCAAGAAAAGGUGACAGCUUGGUAAAUUUACUUUGAAUAAAUUUGGCCAUGCACCUAUGAUUUAUGUUUUAGAAAUAGAUGUUAAACUUUGGUUUGAAUGAAAAAUGUCUGUCAACCCACCUGUAUUUCUCAAAGAAAAGGAAGAAAAUAAUUCAAAAUUUGUAGAAAUACAACACUCACAAACUGCUUCCAUAGCUGCAGAAGAUCCUCUUCAAAACUUACGCUUAGCAUCUCAAGAAGUUCUUCAUAAAGCUCAGCAAAGUGGAAGAUCAAAAUGUCUCAAAUGUGGUGGUUCAAGAAUGUUCUAUUGCUAUACGUGUUAUGUCCCAGUUGAAAAUGUACCUAUUCAACAGAUGCCACUUGUGAAGCUUCCACUGAAGAUUGAUAUCAUUAAACAUCCAAAUGAAACAGAUGGCAAAAGUACUGCUAUACAUGCAAAACUAUUAGCACCUGAAUCUGUAAAUAUUUACACAUAUCCUUGUAUUCCAGAAUAUGAAGAAAAGGACCAUGAAGUUGCACUUGUUUUUCCUGGACCUAAGUCUGUCUCAGUAAAAGACAUUUCUUUUCAUCUGCAAAAAAGGAUUCAAAAUAAUGUUAAAGGCAAAAAUGAUGACCCUGACAAGCCAUUUAUUAAACGCAAGAAAACUGAAGAACAGGAUUUGAAUGACAGCAACGGCCAAGACACAACACUGAAAAAAAUUAUAUUUAUAGAUAGCACCUGGAACCAAACAAACAAAAUAUUCACUGAUGAGAGACUUCAAGGAUUGUUACAAGUUGAGUUGAAAACAAGAAAAACUUGCUUUUGGCGCCAUCAAAAAGGAAAGCCAGAUACCUUCCUUUCCACAAUUGAAGCCAUUUACUAUUUUCUGGUAGACUACCAUACUGAUAUAUUAAAAGAGAAAUACCAAGGACAAUAUGACAAUCUCUUAUUUUUCUACUCUUUUAUGUACCAGUUGAUAAAGAAUGCCAAAUGCUCUGGAGACAAGGAAACAAGAAAACUUAUCCAUUAGUUUUUAAGAAGCUACUUAUGUCAUUUUAUUUUGCUAAAAAUCAAUAAACCUAUAAUUGUGCUUUGUUUA